AUGUCGUCUCUUAGCAGGGAACUUGUUUUCCUGAUUCUUCAAUUUCUCGAUGAAGAGAAAUACAAGGAUACUGUUCACAGAUUGGAAUUGGAGUCUGGUUAUUACUUCAACAUGCGUUAUUUUGAGGAAUUGGUGACGAACGGUGAGUGGGACGAAGUGGAGAAGUAUCUAUCUGGGUUUUCCAAGGUUGAGGAUAACAGAUACUCCAUGAAAAUUUUCUUUGAAAUCCGAAAGCAAAAGUAUCUCGAAGCUUUAGAUAAGCGUGAUCGCGCAAAAGCUGUGGAGAUUUUAGUCAAGGAUCUAAAGGUGUUUUCAGGAUUUAAUGAAGAUCUCUUCAAGGAAAUUACCCAACUCUUGACAUUGGAUGACUUCAGAGCCAAUGAGCAACUCUCCAAGUACGGGGAUACAAAGUCUGCGAGGGGUAUCAUGUUUGGUGAACUAAAGAAGCUGAUAGAGGCUAAUCCACUUUUCCGCGACAAACUUCAGUUUCCUGCUCUGAAGAGUUCGAGGUUGCGGACUCUAAUAAACCAAAGCUUAAACUGGCAGCAUCAGCUAUGUAAAAAUCCAAGGCCAAAUCCUGACAUCAGAUCUCUAUUUCUGGACCAUACUUGCAAUCAACCAAAUGGCGCUCAAGCCUCAUCCCCUGUUACAAAUCAUUUAAUGGGUGGCGUUCCCAAGAUUGCAGGGUUUCCACCAUUGUCAGCUCAUGGUCUGUUUCAGCCUCCAGGUGCACUUCCAGCUACUCUUUCAGGUUGGAUGGCUAAUCCAUCUGUCGGGCCUCAUCCUUCUGCAUCUUCAGGUCAUAUAGGCUUGGGUUCUCCAAACAACGCAGCUGCUAUCUUGAAGCGCCCUAAUACUCCUUCUGGUCCUAUGGAAUAUCAAACUGCUGAUUCUGACCAUGUUUUGAAGAGAUCAAGGCCGUGUGGAACCUCAGAGGAGGCGAGUAAUAUUCCAGUAAAUAUUUUGCCAGUUUCAUAUCCUGGCCAUCCCCAUGGACACAAUACGUUAUCACCGGAUGACUUGCCCAAGCUAGUUGUUACAACUCUUGCUCAGGGUUCACCUGUCAUGAGCAUGGACUUCCAUCCAGUUCAGCAGAUUUUACUACUGGUUGGUACAAUUCGUGGUGAUGUUUUCCUGUGGGACCUGGGUGCUCGUCAAAGGAUUGCGGAGAAGGGUUUUGAUGUCUGGAGGCUUGAUGCCUUUUCAAAAGAAUUGCAGGCAUCUUUGAACGCUGAAGAGACGGCAUCGGUAAAUCAUGUGGCUUGGAGUCCUGAUGGAACUCUAUUUGGCGUGGCAUACUCAAAAAGCAUUGUGCAUAUCUAUUCCUUUCAUGGGGGGAAUGACAUAAGAAAUCAUCUGGAGAUUGAAGCUCAUACAGGGAAUGUUAGCCAUCUUGCCUUUUCAUAUCCUGACAAACAACUAACUGUUGUUACUUGUGGCGAUGACAGAAUCAUUAAGGUUUGGGACGCUGUUACUGGGGCUAAACGGUUUACUUUUGAGGGUCAUGAAGCUCCUGUAUUCUCUGUCUGUCCUCACUACAAGGAAAAUAUUCAGUUUGUCUUCUCAACAGCUACUGAUGGAAAAAUUAAAGCUUGGUUGUAUGAUAAUGCUGGUUCAAGAGUUGACUAUGAUGCACCUGGUUAUUCUUCGACAAAAAUGGCAUACAGCAGUGAUGGAACAAGGUUGUUUUCGUGUGGUACAAACAAAGAAGGAGAGUCAUUUUUAGUCGAGUGGAAUGAAAGUGAAGGGUCCGUAAAAAGAACAUAUCAUGGCCUUGGAAAACGGGCUGGAGGGAUUGUGCAAUUUGACACAACCAAGAAUAGAUUCUUAGCUGCUGGAGAUGAGUCCACUAUCAAAAUUUGGGACAUGGACAACACAAAUAUUUUGACAACUAUUCCUGCAGAUGGUGGCUUACCGGCUUCUCCUUGUGUUAGAUUUAAUAGGGAAGGAAUACUUUUAGCUGUCUCGACCAGUGACCAUGGUGUUAAAAUUCUCGCAUCUGAUGAUGGAAUCAGGUUGUUGAGAACAGUAGAAAAUCGCCCGUUUGCCCCUGCAGCCGUCAUGAAGGUUCCUGCAGGUGUUGGUUUUGGUUCUUCAAGUGCCAAUGCAGGAAUAACGAUGGCUGAUCGAUCUAACUCUUUUGCAGCUAUGGAGAACAACGAUGUGCGAACUCUGGCUGAUGUGAAGCCCAGAAUCGUUGAUGAUUCAGGCGAAAGAUCUAGAACCUGGAAAGUUACAGAGAUUACAGAGCCAUCUCAGUGCUGCUCCUUGAGGCUCGCCGACAAUGUGACAGCGGCGAAGGUUUCUAGAUUAAUUUACACAAAUUCUGGAUGUGGAGUAUUGGCCUUGGCAUCUAAUGCAGUGCACAAGUUGUGGAAAUGGCAGAAAGGCGAUCAGAAUUUGGCUUUUAAGGCAACGGCUAGUGAACAGCCAGUACUAUGGCAACCUCCAAGUGGGAUUACGAUGACCAAUGACAUUAGUGAUACAAAUGUUGAAGAGGCAAUUCCCUGUUUUGCCCUCUCAAAGAAUGACUCCUACGUUAUGUCAGCUUCAGGGGGGAAGAUCUCUUUGUUCAACAUGAUGACAUUCAAGACUAUGACGACGUUCAUGCCUCCACCGCCUGCAGCAACAUUCCUUGCGUUUCAUCCUAUGGACAAUAAUAUCAUUGCCAUUGGCAUGGACGAUUCAUCUAUCCAAAUCUACAACGUUCGUAUUGACGAGGUGAAAACAAAGUUGAAUGGUCAUCAGAAAAGAAUAACAGGUCUCGCAUUCUCACAGGCUCUGAACAUUCUUGUUUCUUCAGGUGCUGAUUCACAGUUGUGCAUAUGGAGCACAGAUGGAUGGGAGAAGCAAGGUAGCAAGUAUUUGCAAGUUCCAAAUGGAAGAUCGAUGCCGGCUGUUUCAGAAACCCGGGUGCAGUUCCAUCAGGAUCAGAUUCAUCUGUUGGUUGUCCAUGAAACGCAAAUAGCCAUUUUCGAUGCUCAAAAACUGGAUUGGCUGAGACAGUGGUUUCGACGGGAAGCGACUGGUCCAAUCACAUCAGGAACAUAUUCAUGUGAUAGCCAGUCAAUCUUUGUGAGCUUUGAAAAUGGCAGUAUCGAUGUCCUCACCGCUUCAAAUCUCAGAUUGAGAUGUCGGAUUAACCCAACAGCUUACUUGCCUUCCAACCCAAGCUCAAGAGUGUAUCCGCUAGUGAUCGCAGCUCAUCCAACGGAGACUAACCAGUUUGCAGUAGGGCUCAGCAACGGCGCUGUCCAUGUUCUUGAACCAUCGGAAACUGAAGGACAAUGGGGAAAUUCGCCUACUGUCGAAAAUGGAACACCAGCUGACAACUAA